AUGGAUCCGAUCGCAAACCUUGUACUUGGAUUAACUUUGUUGAUAACAUUUAUUUGGCUGAGGAAAAGUCAACGAUUGAAAUUGACGGAACCGCCACUUGUACCUUAUAAAUAUCCAAUUAUUGGACAUACAAUUGAAUUUUAUACAGAAAACGAAACUCUUAUUAAAAAAUGUCGUGAAGAGUAUGGAGAAAUAUUUUCAUUAUACGUGUUUGGUAGAGUAAUAACUAUCGUAGGUAAAGAGCUUUGUACUGAAAUUUUCAAGAAUCAUGAAACGUUUGAUUUUGGAGAUGCGCACAGGGAUAUCUUUCCUAUAGAUGACUUUUUGUAUCGGCCACGAAAGUUUUUUCGAAAUGUAUCUGCAUCAACUCAGAUAAAAGUUUCAAAGGAAUUCAACUUAUAUACCGAACGAAUUCAAAGACAAUUAAUUAAAACUAUCGAUGAAUUAAUCGGUGAUGGAAAAGUAUUACAAUCUCCCUUAAAAUUCUUUCAAUAUACUAUUGCAAGACCAAUGGUCGCGGCAAUGGUUGGUGAGGAAUUGUGCGAUGAUGAAGAAUUGGUAAAUUCAUUUGCCUGCGCUACAAGCGAUCUCAUGACAUAUUUGUCAAUUCCACCUUUCCUAAAUUUUAUUCAUCCGGUAAUACAUAAGAAUUUCAUCAUAUGCGGUACUGGAGCGACAGCACGUGAUGCCAGAAAAACGCGGAAAGCCAGACUUUAUAACAAAUUUCACAGAGAAGUAAUUAAACGAAAGGUUGCUCCUAUAAUUGAGAAAAGAAUUAAUUAUAUGAAAAAACUAGGAGAUGCUUGUGUUCCUCAGGUUGAUAUGUUACAACAUUUCAUUAACGCUUUUCGCAAGGGUUACACGGUUGAUGUUGAUGUUGUAACAGAUUUUCUUAUUGUUAAUAUAUUUGCUUCUGUACAUAAUAUGUCCACGUUUCUAACUUUCGGCGUACAAGAAUUUGCAAAUCAUCCACAAUUUCAAAAAGAGUUGUUGGAUGAACAAGAGAAAUUAUAUGAUGGAAGUACUUUUAAUCUUGAUCAAAUCAAUAAAAAGCAGGAAUGGUUAAGGUUGGCGAUG